GCGCAGGCGGGACCAGGUGGAGGCCGCGCACGCGUCUUGGGGACAGGGCGGAGGGGUUGAGCCCUGAGCACAGGUGGAGGCAGUGGGCGCAGAGGCCUGAGGUGGUCUGGAGUGGCCCUGAGGUGGCCAGGAGUGGCCGGGGUCCGUGUGGCGCAGGGGCAGCCAAAGCCAUGGGGGCCAGCGGCCCUGGGGUGCUGGGCCCCGCGCUCUUCCUGCUGCUGCUGCCGCCGCUGAGCGCAAACAGCUUCCUACUCAGCCUCCAACGCUCGCGAGACUGGCGCGGCCUCGGGCUGCCCUGGGGAAGCCCCCGGCGCCCGCGCCGCCUGGGCCCGGACCAGGAGAGGUUCCACCACAUCCGGGGCCCGACCCCCUUGCCCCAGGAGCGACGGGCUGGAGAAAAGCCGAAAUCCUGCCAGAGCACGGUUGACCUCUACUUCAUCUUGGACAUGUCAGGCAGCGUGGACAACAAUUGGAUGGACAUUUACAACUUUGUUGAUCGAGUGGUCAAGAAGUUUGAAAACCCGAAACUGCGGAUGUCGUUCAUCACCUACUCCACACGGGGCCACACCCUCAUGAACCUCACCUCAGACAGAAAUGAGAUACACGAUGGUCUUGACCGACUUCAGAAUGUGGUGCCCUCAGGAGACACAAACAUGCAGGAGGGGUUUAAAAAGGCCAAUGAGCAGAUCCAACAAGUGUACUCCAAAGACCGGGAAGCUGCCAGCCUGAUUAUUGCUCUGACCGAUGGACCAUUGCUGCCAAGUUCAUUUAAUAAGACUAAGGACGAAGCUGCAAAUUCUCAGAAAAUGGGGGCGAGUAUUUACUGCGUGGGUGUAAGCAACUAUAAGAAAGACCAGCUGUUGGAAAUUGCAGACCGCCCAGAUCACAUGUUUGGCGUGGACAGAGGAUUCAAGGGUCUGAGAAACAUCGUUAAUUCACUCACAUCUAAGUGCUGUAUGGAAAUUACAGCUGUGGAGCCUUCCAGUUUCUGUACGGGAGAAACCUACGAAGUGAAGAUUUCUGGAAAAGGCUUUAAUAAUGCAAAGAACAAAGAUGAAGUUAUUUGUAGAUUCAAGUUCAGCAACACUGAAUUAUUUGAUAAAAAAGCCACCUCUGUGGAAGAUACCACCAUAAUAUGCCCAGAAGUAAAGAUAGAGAAGCCAGGCCAGGAAAUCACCACUGAAGUUAGCCUGAACAAUGCCAUCAGUUUCAUCAACAAUGAUGUUAGAAUCAGCAGCAAGGACUGUGUGAGUGCCAGGGGUGAGACACGAGAUAUGCUGCCGGAUGCUGUGCCAGAUGACCUGCCAGAUGCUGUGCCAGAUUCGCAGCCAGAUGCUGAGCCGGAUACACUGCCAGAUGCUGAGCCAGAUACGCUGCCAGAUGCCUCACCGGAUCAACCACCAUAUCACCCGCCGCCUCCCCCACAUUUUAUCCCAAAUUUCAACCCUUUCUACUUGGUUGCCCUCAUCCCGGCCCUGCUCAUGUUCCCUGUGCUGAUCUGGUGCAUCUGGCGGCUGUGCUACAAGAAGACCGUCAAGGAGCCACCACCAGUGCAGAAAGCAGAAAAAGAGCCAGAAGAUAAGAUAUGCUGUGUACGAACAUGCCCCACAGUGUUUGUACCUUGCGGGUGCCAAUCAAGUGGGAUAUAUCGGAUGGAGGGCAAACUGGAUACCUUGUGCAACUUUGCUCAAAACUGCAACCAGGUGCCGUUGAUGUGGUGUCAGCCCAGAGAUAAGGACAGAUGCAUGAACUUCACCCUAGUGAAGCCGCCCUGCGGGCAGUUGUCCUGUGGCCCAAAGAUCUGCCUUGCACCCAGCCAGGAGUGCUUCUCCCUCCACAGCUGCUGCUCACGGUGCCAACACCCCCAAGCCAUCUGCUCCCGGCCUGCCUCCAGGAUGCUGCCGAUGAUCCCCCCCCAUGUCCAGGCACUCUGCAGAACUACUUUGUCACACCCGCCCCCUUAGUCCAACCUCUAAAGCACCAGAAACGCGGGAUUGUUAAGAGCCCCUUGUGUACUGAAUUGUACAUAUAUAUUGAGUCUUGGUUUACAGUCAAA